AUGAAUUUACUGUUCUUUUCUUUGAUAGGUGAUUGCGGCCCCCCUGACAGGUUACCCUAUGCAGAGCUAGCGGAUGCGUUUAAAGAUAAGACCACCUUUUCUGUUGGGAGCUCUGUGCAAUACGUUUGUCGCCCAGGAUACAGGAGAGACCCUUCCUUUGAGGCCGCUCAAACUUGUCGUGCAGGUUCAUCAUGGUCAAAACCUGAAAAAUUUUGUAUAGGGAAGCUCUGUGGUCAUCCAGGAGACUUGCCAGAUGGUUCCGUUCGUAUAGAGACUGAUCUUAGUUUUGGUUCAACAGUGACAUUUUCUUGUAAUGAAGGGUACAGAUUAAUUGGACCACGGUUUGCUAAGUGCGAGAUUGCUGGCAAAGGUGUUCAUUGGAAUGAAGGAAUUCCGCACUGCGAGUCAAUUCCAUGUUUGCCACCUCCAGACAUAGAAAACGGGACGCACUCUGGUGACCAGGAAGAUUAUACCUACGGGGCAUCGGUAACUUACAAGUGUAAUAAUGUGCCGAGAGGUUCGGUCCCUUUCUCACUUGUUGGGGAGGCAACUAUUUAUUGUAGUUCCAAUGAAGAUAAUAAUGGAGUUUGGAGUGCACCCGCCCCUCAGUGCAAAGUGGUCAAGUGUCCAGAGCCAGCAGUUCCAAAUGGGAGAAGAGAAACUGCAUAUUCACCUAACUAUAUUUAUAGAAGCAGAGUUAUUAUGAAAUGCCUUCCUGGCUUCGUCAUGAUUGGAAGUGAUGUGAUUGAAUGCCAAGAGAAUAAUACCUGGCGUCCUGAAUUGCCAGUUUGUCUACGUAUGUCCUGUGAUCAUCCAGGAGACCUGCAACAUGGUUCUGUUCAUACAGAGACUGGUCUUGGUGUUAAUUCAACAGUGACGUUUUCUUGUAAUGACGGGUACAGAUUAAUUGGACCACAGUCUGUUCGAUGUGUAUUGUUUAGCAAACGUCUUGAUUGGGAUAGACCAAUUCCACAGUGCCAGCCAAUUCCAUGUUUACCACCUCCAGACAUAGAAAACGGGACGCACUCUGGUGAACAGGAAAAUUAUACCUACGGGGCAUCGGUAACUUACAAGUGUAAUGUUGUGCCGAGAGGUUCGGUCCCUUUCUCACUUAUUGGGGAGGCAACUAUUCACUGUAGUUCUGAUGCAGAAAAAAAUGGAGUUUGGAGUGCACCUGCUCCUCGAUGCAAAGUGGUCAAGUGUCCAGAGCCAGCAGUUCCAAAUGGGAGAAGAGAAACUGCAUAUUCACCUAACUAUAUUUAUAGAAGCAGAGUUACUAUGAAAUGCCUUCCUGGCUUCGUCAUGAUUGGAAGUGAUGUGAUUGAAUGCCAAGAGGAUAAUACCUGGCAUCCUGGAUUGCCAGUUUGUCAAACCACCGUCUCAGUUAGCUCGGCCUCAACUCCUACUGCAACUGUCCUGGUCAUUGCUCAUGGAAGAAUAAUUGAUGGACGAAAGCCGCCAUAUGCUGUUGGAGAUAACAUUACAAUUGAAUGUGAUGCAGGCUACACAUUACACGGGGAAGCUAAGAUUCAGUAUGUUGGUGGAAAUCAGUGGAAGCCGGGAAUUCCAUCGUGUCACUUAAAGGAGGGGUUAAGUACAGGUGUAAUCAUCACCCUCUGUGUUAUUUUUGGUGCCCUGGUGGCGUCACUAGCAGGAUAUGGGGCCUAUAAGAAAUUGCAUUCACGGAAAAGGGAAUCUGCCCUCCAGACAUCCACUGCUAAAUACAGUACUUGUAAACCAUGAUUGAUCGUUUUUUGGGGAAGUUCAAUGAGCCUUUGAGAGAUGGAAAAAGGACUGUACUGCAAUGAAUCUCCCAGCAAUGGAGUUGACACCAGUGUGCUGAAUGAAGGAGAGUGGACCAUGUGUACCUGCAGGGGGAAGAAUAAAGACUAUGAAAGCAGCCUAAAGGUGCUGGGAGAGGCUGUCUGUGGCCUGGGGUGACAAAGGGCUAAGCAGCUGCCAGGAGGGGUAGAGAGCAGGGCUCCUUUUUGGUCCUUGGUUUGUUUGCACAAGCCUGCAGGCUCUGCAAAGCCUCUGGAAGAUGAGGCCCAGAAGGAAAAAUGAUAGCUUAUUUGUUUAAUUUUUUUUGCUUGUGUUGCAUUGCUGACAAGCCUCAGGUGGCCCCUGGGCAUAAUCUGCUAGUCUUGCUGCAGCAGAGGUGAGUGCCCUGGGCAGUGGAUCCCUAACCAACGCCAGCUGCAAAGGUGAAAAUGGUCGGCGUCACUGGCAUGGCCAAACAUGGAGAGCUGUGAUCUACCCAGAAUCUGCCCAUUGUAGCUUACAAGGUUUAGUUCCUGCUUUCACCAGAGCUGAAGAUGUCACGGCAGAGUCUUUUCCUUUCAUGAUUGUUUCCUGUAUGGGUUGAUGAAUCUUAAGGAAGGCAAAAACCUGUCGUCCCUUUCAGCUCCAUCUGUUGUCUUUUUCUCCUAGUAAUUUUGUCUGUAGCUAUCUCUAGUCAGCAAGGCGUGGUUUUGUAUUGGUACUAAACAGCUUCCUCCCUUCUCAGUGUUGCUGUCCUUAUAGAAGAGACUUGAAGGAAAGAUGACUUGGAUAGGGCCUUAAUAUGACUCCUGCCUUGCUAAAAAGAUGUUGACAUUUAGAUGUCAUUCUUUUAAAGCACUUGGAUUAUUUUAAUUAUUCUUUCUGUAGAAAGCAGCACCUGUUUGUCUAUAUGAAUAUUUUUGCACUCUUGCUGUCUUAAGUUUGCCAACAGUAAUAUAUGUUUCAACACUAAAUUAUUUAUUUCCCUGCUUUUGAAAAUAUUGUAAAACGACUACAAAGUCGAUCCACCAUUCUCACUCCUUCUCUAUUGGGGAAGCUUUCUUGUAGGCUGCUAAGAACCCAAUAGAAGUUGCUGUUGGGAAUAUCCUUGCUCAGGUUUAAGUUUAUGGUAAACCGAUAAAAAGCACUGAAGUGGUGUGCUGGUACAUAGAUGCUAGUAACUGCGCUGUAAAGCAGGAUUAUUAGACAGGAGGGAUUAUGAAAUAAUCCCGUGUUCUAACUAACUUCUAAAAUUCUGUCGCGUGCACUUACUGCAUCUCUGUGUGCAGAUAAAAGAUCAACCAAAGUUACUCCACUGACAUAGGUCAGAGAAUUAUUGGAUUGGGCUUUCUUGCAUUGGAAGUCGGUCCUUGAUGUAUAUAGUUCAAUGUGAGGUCCCACAGCCUCACAGACAAGUUGUCUGUAGAUGUUUGUUUGAAAAGAAGCUGAUACCUGUGACUUUAUAAUUUCAUUAUCAAUAUUGUGUAUAUAUUAUGGCAGGCUAGGUAGACAGUUCAGCCAGGGACUGACCUUUUUUUUGGUAUAAAAGGUGGUCAUUUCGACUCAGGUGGUGGUUUAUCAAUGUAAAUGUUGGUUGUGCUUUUGAUAUGGAUGUAUAUAGUGUCUUAGCACUCACUUUAUGGUUGUGCAGUAUGAUUUAAUGUCAUUUAAAAUGUGCUGUGUGCAAAAGUAUGCAAGGCUUUGGGCAGGUCUACAAGUGAAUAUCUAAAAUCCUAAUUGGUCUUGUUUCUGCUUCUCCAUGCUGAGGCCCUGACCCUGCAGAGACUUCCACAGGGAGUCUGUCCAGAGUCUUUGCAGGGUUGAGGCCUUGUCAAAAUAGUUUAAUUUCAGGACUUGUACUUGGAAGAUGUCUCUAAAUACCGUAGUGAGGAGUAUAUUAUAGAUUCCUGUUAUCAUCACUGGAUAGCUAGAUUCUACCUACAGUGCCUUUUACCAUACUGUUUUUGAUAUGUAUAUGCAAACGGUAAAGGCCUAUUAAAAGUUCUGUCUCAUCUAAAGUGCUGUAAUAAUGUCUUAUUAAUAAAGAGAACUGCAUCUUAUUAGUGA